UGACACACCGAAGCUCUUUGAGUUCGACCUCCGGUGUUGCUCUGAAUGCUCUCUCGCAGACUCCUCGCUGUCAUUGCGGCUGUUGUGGACUGCACAUGGUGUUUGUGGACCGUCCGGUAACGGAACAUAUGCUGCUAUGAGUUCUCUAUGUCGUCUGGUUCAGAGAGGACUGCUGAGCGUCCGGCCGUCGUGUCGUUUAUUUCCCGGACAGCUGGAUGUGUUCGGAGCAGCUCUAACGGUCCGAACGGCUAGCUCACCCAGUUCUGUCAACUUAAUGUAUGACGUCUUCGAUGGAAAAGGAGAGAGCACUCCUUUGGUGUUUCUGCACGGCCUGUUCGGCAGUAAAUCUAACUUCCACUCGAUAGCAAAGUCCUUGGUGCAGCGCACAGGCAGAAAGGUGUUGACUGUAGAUGCCCGUAACCAUGGCAACAGCCCACAUACCCCAGAGCUGACCUAUGAGGCAAUGGCCAGUGAUUUGAAACACCUUCUCGGCCAGCUGCAUAUUGAUAAGUGCGUCCUCAUCGGCCAUAGCAUGGGGGGCAAAACUGCCAUGACAAUCGCUCUGACACAGCCCAGCUUAGUGGAGAGACUGGUGGUGGUAGACAUCAGUCCCGCCCAGUCCACCACGCGCACCAACUUCCGCUACUACAUCCAGGCCAUGCAGGAGAUGAAGAUCUCCAGUGACAUCCCUCGUUCCACUGCCAGGCGGAUGGCUGAGGAUCAGCUGCGCGCUAGGGUCAAGGAGCACUCGGUGCGUCAGUUCCUGCUGACUAAUCUGGUGGAGCAGAAUGGACACUACACCUGGAGGGUGAACCUGGAGGCCAUUGCAGCACAUCUGGAGGAAAUCAUGAGUUUCCCCAGCUUUAACACCAUCUAUAAUGGACCUACGCUGUUUUUAGGUGGAGCCAGCUCCGCGUAUAUCAGCUCCGACGAUUACCCAGAAAUCCAGAGGCUGUUCCCGAGCGCCGACAUCCAGUACAUCCCUGACGCUAGCCACUGGAUCCACGCUGACAAACCUUUAGAUUUCAUCAGCUCCAUCAUCUCCUUCCUUCAGUCUUAGCUGCCUCCGGCCGACACCUCCAAACUUUUGAACGCUCAGCUGAGCGUUCCCCUCGCCGAAAACUCCUCGGUGAGAAUUCAGCAGCUUCAGCACGAGCGAGGGUCACUAACGACGCCUAUACUUGCCAACACCAGACCAAGCUCACUCCUCUGCUGUAGUUAUUUACUCCUUUUAACACCAUAAGUCAGUAUAGUGAUGUCUCCUUUUUUGUUGGUAAUGUUUACUUUUUUUCUCUCAGACAAGUAGAGUUCCUGGAGGUUCGCGUUAGGAUUUUUACGUAGACUUUAGCAAUGAGGAUACCUCCAGUUCAACAUUAACAGUUGGUGAUUUUGGAGACGACGUACUAAUCCAAAGAAACUCAUUUGCACUUGUCUUUAAGUUCUUUGUUUUAGGUCAGGUUAAAGAGAAGCAGCUUUAACUCAUCUGGGAUUGUAAGAUUCAGAAGUGAUCUAAUUAAAUGAAUAUUUAAGGAUGUUUUAAUGUAGGAAAAUAGAGGAAUGUGUCCAAGUUGAGUUUGGAGUUCUGCACAGAGACUGUGAUGGUACUGUAGGUUUGUUGUGGGAAUGAUUUCAGUGUUGAUAUUAGUGCUAGUUUUUUUUUCCCCCUUGCCUGUGUGUAUCUGCUGUGUGUUAGACAUGAGGUGUCCGUCUGAGAGCGCUCUCAUGCCACCGUAACUCUCCCAACAGUAUUAUUAACUCAGAUCUAUUCCCUGGGCUACAUUAGCUGAUGAUUCUAUAUUCUUUUGCGUCUGGCAACAAGUCAUGGUGAUGUUGUUGUGUCUUUGUACUCGUUAGGUCCUUUCAGUGUUUGAUGAAAUGUUCUUUCUCUCUUCUCUCACUUCUCUUUACAAAUAAGGCACAAGGUUGUACGAGAAUACUGCAAAUUUACGCUGCCACCAUGUAAAAACACGUAUUUAAUUGUAAAUUGUGAUCAUCUCGUUCCAGUCGCCAUGGUGGGUGGAAGUGUAGGUCCAGUAGUGAAACUGCCACUUUUAUGAAUAAGCAGGGUGUUGUUCGUGUGAAUGUGCCUCUUCUACUAACGGCUCCUUUUCCAGUUUCUGUAGGACUUCACCAAAAGACUUUUAUUCUACAAUCAUGUUUAGCAGGCUUUGGAUUGGCAGCUGGGUUGCCGGUUCAGUUAACAGCUGAGGCACUAAAUGUUUACCACAAUCAAUUGUUUUAUGUUUGGCAUGGAUAGAGAUGUCUAAAAAUAGGCUAAAUUAAGUUUAACGGUACUUUUUUAAAAGCUCCUCCCACUGGAUGGAUUUGUGUUUCAGCACAUGAUCAGUGGGGGG